UUGUCAGUAGAUCUGCACCUUGUAGUGUGGAGGGACUGAAUCAUAUCUAUACAUUUGUCUUUUGAAAGAGUUUGAAAAGAGUUGUGUCUGCUACAGAGAGGUUUGUGCGAUGCAGUACUGCAGUACACGGGGCGGGGUCCGAGGAUUGGACUUCAGGGACGUGCUGUUUUCGGGUUUCGCUCCGGACGGGGGGAUGUUCAUGCCGGAGAGCCUCCCUGUGCUGAGCCCUGACACCCUGAGGAGCUGGAGGGGGCUUCCCUACACCAAACUGGUGGUGGAGGUCGCCUCAAUGUUCAUCCCCUCUCAGCUGAUCCCCAGACAGGACCUGGAGGCCCUGGUGAGUGCAGCCCUGUCUGGAUUCUCAGUACCUGAGGUGGUCAGAGUGGCCCGGCUGAAGGACGGUCUGUCAGUCCUGGAGCUCUUCCAUGGAGAGACCCUGGCCUUUAAGGACCUGGCUAUGACCUGCACUGUGCGCUUCCUUGACUAUUUCCUGCAGAAGGAGAAGCGUAGGGCCACUGUCCUUGUAGGUACAUCAGGAGACACAGGUGGCUCAGCCAUCCAGAGCGCAAAAGGUCUCUGUGGGUUAGAUGUGGUGGUGGUGUACCCCCGAGGACGCAUCACUCCAGUCCAAGAGAAACACAUGAUCACCUGCCUGCAAGAUAAUGUCUAUGUGUUCGCAGCGGACGGCAGCUCAGACGACAUCGACCAGCCUCUGCGCCGCCUGUUUGCCGACCAGGACCUGGUUCAGUCUGCCGGCCUCAUGAGCCUCAACUCGGUCAACUGGUCUAGAAUCAUGAUCCAGCUGGCCCACUUCAUCCAUGCUUACCUGCAGCUCAGCGGUGUGGAGCAGGGCAAGUCCAACGCCCCCCUGCCUGAGCUGGAGGUGGUGGUGCCCACUGGGGGGGCGGGGAACAUCGCAGCUGGCUACAUUGUAAAGCAGAUGGGGUUACCCCUGAAGCUGGUGGCUAUGGUGAAUGCUAAUGACAUUGUGCAUAGAACCGUCACCACUGGAGACUUUUCCAUGGCAGCUGAUGUCACACAAACACUGGCCCCUGCUAUAGACAUCCAGGACCCGUACAACAUGGAGCGAGUGUUCUGGCUGCUGCUGGGAAAAGACAGCACUGCAGUGAAGAACAUGAUGGAGGAGUUUCAGAAUUCACAUAAACAUUCUCUGCCUGAAAAUCACCACAAACUGUUGUCACACGUUUUGUCUACUGGAACAGUGAAUGAUGAAGGCAUCCUGGACACCAUGAAGAGAUGCUGGGAGGAAAACCAGUAUGUGCUGUGUCCUCACACAGCUGUGGCUGUAUGGCAUCACUACAACUGUCCUCACACCCCCGGACUUAACAGGUGUUACAUUGCUACAGCAUCUCCAGCCAAGUUUCAGGCAGCAGUGCAGAAGGCUGGAUUGACCUUUGACCUACCAGAGGCAGUGCAGGCGUUGGAUAAGUUGGGGACACGUUAUGAGAACCUGGAACGGAGCCCGAACUGGUGCAAAGACUGGGAGGAUAGACUGAGAGAGAAAAUCCAGUAUGUGAGCUCAGCCAGGAGAAAAACAGAGUGACUUACAGAUGAGUUUAUGUUUGUAUCAAACUGGAAAAUAAAGUUUGACUUCAGGAAACCUGAUAGGACAUUAAACAUACUCUACACAUGGCUGAGGUCAGGUGAGGCAGAUUAUCCUUGAUCUAUGCACUUCCUUAUCUAGCUUUAGUAAAUCAUGUUGAUGGGAAAGGCCAUUUGUCUUUGAUGGACUUCGGUCUGUACUGUCAGAAACUUAACUUUGUAUUUUACUGUUAUAUCAUUCACCACAAACCAAUCAGCUGUUCACAAUGUUAAAUCUUUGUCCACAACUUUAACAUGAAUGCAAAAAAAUGUAUCUUAAAGAAUAAAAACAAGCCAUAUCUAUGUGUUCAUUUGUCUCAAAAAUAAUAAAAAGACCAAUUUUUAAAAAAGUUUAAUGGUCUCAGUAUAAACUUACUAUAGCACAAACUACUAUGUCUAUGUCAGUCCACACAGAUGAAAGGCCUGCUGAUUUAAAGGACAAUUGCAGUUUCAUUUUCAUAUUUCUGAGACUUAAUUGUGUAAUGAGUGUUAAUUACUAAUUACAAAUAUGUGCAGUUUUGGUGAGGACACAGGCUUCAUCAGUCUGAGUUAGUCAUAUCAAGUGAUAUCUGACACAUUUACAGUCUUUUUAGCAUCAAAUUCCCUCUUAGUGUUUCCCUGUUGAGCUGUGGUGGAAGUAUAGUAACAAAAAGAGGAACUUUGGUACUAAAAACACUGUAAUGUUUAAAUAUAGAAGAUGACGAUUUAACUCGUUCAGACAGCUGAAGCUUCAUAUUAGCUUCAGAUCAACUGUGGAUUUAGUGCAUUAUGAAAGGAUCUUGAAAGAGUCAUAAUCAUAUCAUAUUAAACUUGUGCAGUAACUGGUUUCUACCGCAGGGUGGCGCCCAGCUCACAUAAGCCACAUCUGUCUUAAUAAGGCUGGUUGCAUUCACUGGUUUUGCUUAAUGCCUGUGCAGCGCCAUAUCAAAUAGACAUUUAAAUUAUUAUUUUUAAAGAAGUUGAUUUGAGGUCAUUGCAAUCCUUUACUUAAAUAGAUUCCAAUAAACGGAAUAUUGCAAUAUCA